UGUCGCCUCUCUGCCGCCUUCUUCUGGCACACGGGAAUUUAACUUUGCGUCCAUAUGGGCAACUUAUUGACGCUAACCGUGAAGUGAACGACCAUUCGCGUUCGCGGGAGAGAGCGGAGCCGGUGUGAAUCCGGUAGAGGAGGCGCACGGAGCGGCCACAGAGCGCAGUGACAUUGACUCAUUAGGAGUGUUGUUGCUGCCGCCGCGCACAAGUUGGGAGCGCUUUCCUCCCCCCUCUUCUCUCUCUCUCUCUCUCUCCCUCUCUCUCUCUGUCGCUCUUUUCUCCCCCCUCUCAGCUUCAGCUACAAUGAGCGAAUACUUCAGCCUGUCGGACUGCGAUGUGAUCGGCUUCGACCUGGACCACACGCUGUGCCGCUACCAUCUGAAGGAGACCUCCAGGCUCAUCUAUGAGAGCUUUGCCAGGUACCUGGUGGAGCAUAAAGGAUAUGACAAGGACCUGCUGAAUCUAACUCCCGCUACCUGGGAUUUCUGUUUUAAAGGGCUAGUGGUGGAUCUGGAGGAAGGAAACCUUGUGAAGCUAGCUGAAGAUGGAACUGUCUUGCGAGCGACGCAUGGAACCAAUGACCUCAGCACAGAAGAAAUCAUCAAACAUUACGGCCCAAAAAGGGAGUGGAAGCACUUCAACAGCCUCAAUACCUCGUUCACAAGAUCUGCAAAAUACUAUUUCUAUGACAACUACUUUGAUCUGCCUGGGGCUUUCCUCUGUGGAAGAGUCGUGGACAUGUUGCACAAGCGAGGAAAUGAGGUGAAUUCUGACUUUUGGAAAGACAUGAUGGCUGCCAUCGACCAUAAUUACAACACAUCUGCAUUCAAAGAUGACACUGGGACGUACUUCCCCAGCGUGAAGCGGGAUCCGGGCCGCUACCUGCAGCCUUGCUCCGAGUCCGUCAAGACCUGGCUGCGCAGCAUGAAGAACGCUGGGAAGGUCCUCCUCCUCAUCACCAGCUCCCACAGCGACUACUGCAGGCUCAUCUGCGAACACAUCCUGGGGAAGGAUUUCGAGGAGCUUUUUGAUGUAAUCAUCACGAACGCCCUGAAGCCCGGAUUCUUCUCUUUGGUGCCCCAGCAGAGGCCCUUUAGGACCCUUGUCAACGACAUGGAGGAGAGUGAAGGACUGCCGUCGCUGGACAAACCCGGCUGGUACUCGCAGGGCAACUGGCCGCACCUCCACGAGCUGCUCAAGACCAUGACGGGGAAACCGGAGCCCAAGGUAGUGUAUUUUGGCGACAGCAUGAGGUCAGACAUGUUUCCCGCCAGCAGCUUUGGAAAGUGGGAGACGGUGAUGAUAGUGGAGGAAAUGGAGGGGGAGGGCGUCCCGAAGAGCGAUGCGGCGAUGUCCAACGAGGCCCAAGUGGAGCCGCUGGAGAAAAGGGGAAAGUUUGAGGAGCAGGGCAUGAAGUCGCCCUCCUCGGCGUCCAACCAGUGGGGCUCCUACUUCGUCGACCUACAUAAAAGCGGAGGAGGGGACGAGGAGAGCCAGAAACUGACCUGGUGCUGCCACUGCAUUCAUAAGUACAGCACCAUGGCUAUCCCUAGUGUCGAGCACAUAGCAGAUCUCCCCCUGGAUUACAAGUUCCCCAGGUUUUCCCCUGACAAGCCCUGCACCACCGGCUACUACCCCAGGCCCCCGGAUUCUUUGCUGAAGAGGUGCGAGAGUCUGUCGUAAAAAAAUACAAGAAAAAAAAGAAAGGAGAAAAAAAAAAGAGGAAAAAAAAAGGAAAAGAAAAAAGUUCUCCCUUACCCCUCUGCCUCAGGAGAGGAAUGUGCCUCCAUUUUUGCCUGUAGUUUCCCACCUGACCCCGCCACCACCAUCUGUGGAGCACAGGAAGCAUACACUCCUCACCCGUUCAGAGAAACUAUGUGAAUGUAAGCCACAGUAUCUCUCUGUAAUAACGCCUACAUUUGAACGUUGUUUCGUGGUUUAGUGUACCGUACACGUGGAAAUACGACAAAAUAAGUGUGCGUGUGUGUCUGCAUACAGUAAUAAUAGGAGAUGUAAUGUUCUUAUUGUUUCAUGUGUGUGAGGCCCCCUAUUAUUUUCCAUAAUAGAUUGUUUGAAUUUUUCAAAGUGAACAUUUUACUGUCUCUUUUUCCCCCUGAAGUGAUUACCUCAAGAACGUGAUCUACUGUAAGCAAAACAGGAGUACGUGUCCCUUAAGAUCCUUUGAAAUCCUUGUGUCGGUAUUUCUGUACAACACUGUUAUUGUGAAGUCCUCCUUUUUUAAAAAAAAAACUAUGGUUUAAUUGUAUGCAUUUUAGGAACCUUAACACGAGGUUUAAGGUCUAUUGUUUCCCCUGUGUCAGUUUCGUGGAAGGUGUUAAUCUUCAGGUCAUUGUUGCUAUAAAAAACUAGCACAAUAUUGUCCUUUGUGUUGGCUGUUUCAAAAAACACUACUUUGGGAAACUCUUAAUAAUAAUAAUACUAAUAAUAAGAAAUAAUGGAUGAUGAAGACUAUGCUAGAUGUUCUCUGUAUUACUUUUGGUGCAACGGUGAAUCUUUUGAGUGAUUGUGCAACAAUGUGGACUACUCGUGCUUCAUUCAUAUGCAGAUUCAGAUAUGCUUUAACCGACUUCUGAAUGGUUAUUUUGUCAGUGUGCAUAGACAAGUCGUGCCAUCAUACUUAAGGAACACUCAGUUUGGGUAAAGUCAGUGGACGUUUGCUUGUUGCUGCCAUAGACGAUUGGCGCCUGCGUUAUCGUUGUGCAUUUGGGUUGUAUUUAGCAUAGCUUAGCACGAAGACCGAACUGCAGGAAAUUGUGUUUGCAUCAGUCCAAAACAUAGACUGUAUAUAAAAGAUGGACGUUGACGAUCCAGUUUGGUUUUUUUUGCAACCAGUGGAGUCGCCCCCCUGCUGCUGGUUAGAAAGUAAGCAAGUUGGAGGCACCUCAACGCUUCACUUUUCACGUCCGUCCAUCAUUUGUAUAGAUUGUUGUUCGAAGUGGAAAAAUACAACUUGUAACAACUCCACGAAAGCUCAUCACUAACACAACCAUCACUUUCCAGAAUUGUUUGGUUUAAGACUGGUGGAAACUAAAGGUCUCCAUUGGUACACUUGGUUUAUAGCAACUGAAACUCAAGAAUCAAGUUGUGAGACGUUCUAACAGCUAUUCGGUCUUGGACAACAUGAUAUCAGAAUUAAAACAGCCGAACCUGAAAGAUGUAGGGCGUUGGGUUCACAGUUAAUCAUUUUAACCCAUGUUGUAUCACAUUGGCUUCUUCCAGUUUUGAAUGCCUCACGGAAUCCCAACAAACCUGCUGGCCUUUCUUUUUACCUUCUUUUCUGUCAUGUGACAGCUUCCCAACAUCUUUGAUCAAUAGGAGCUCAUACCUACAACCGACUCCGUUUUUAUGAGCACAAAAUAGAGCACAAUUAAAUAGAGAAACUCAGCAAAGUGACAUAGAAAACCACCUCUAACUAGUGUUUUGGAGGUGUAACUGCAGAGCGAUGCGCUCAUGUAAAUGCUCACAAUGACAUAGGCUAGGUCGUAGGCUCAGCAUAGAUUCAACACAGGAGUAUAAACCAAGCUUGCAUCAACUUCGGUUGAUCUCUAAGUCUGUUCAGGUCGGCCUCUAUGUUUUAAAUUGGCUUUCCUGGGUUCUGAGAUUGGGGGCACAAGUUUCUGUCAAGAUUCUGGCAUGCAAAGAGCAGGAGAAGGACAUUUGAGAUGCUACACAGUUGAACUAAGAAGUAAUUGCUUUGAACUAUUUGUACAAAGUUAGCACAGAACUUUACCUUUACUCAAAAGGUCUGUAACUUGUUCACUAGCUUUGGUUCGCUAGUUUACUCUAUUUGUCUUCAUGAGGGGCACAAUAGGGGAGCAGCCGGUAGAAUUAAGUGAGGAGGGAUUUUGCCAGGUCGGACUACUUUUUAAUUACAGUUUCAAAUUAAAAGAUUCGGCCUUAACAUGCAUGAUCACUGCACCAAGCUUUUGCAACUCAUAAAUUAGCUAAUUUUGAACUCAUAAAACACUAAUGGCAUUUUUUUCAACACCAUUUGCAUCAACAACAUGCAACAUGUUAAUAAAGCUGCUUUGGAGAUGUUUUUGGGUUUGUUCUAAGUACUACUUUCCUCCAGUCUUUGUGCUAAGCUGUGCUAAACACCCUGGACUUGUCUCUAUGGUAACCACACAGAGAUGAUACUGGUUUAAAUCUUCUCAUUUGUUUCCGAUUAAGUCAUUAAAGAAGAUUUCCCAAAUGUCAAAGUGUUCCUGUAAGAUGACCAUCAUCUCAUAAGUGAGGACAGAAUAUUUUGACAUGAAGCAGCCGCAGGCAUGUACAUGAGAUUGGUCAUCCAAAGUGAAUUAUUACUUGUGCUGUGUGUGCAAGUGUUUUAUGCAUACAGCUGUAGUGAUUGUACUCUUCUUUUCUCAUCUGACCUGGAAAAUUUGACAUGCACAUUUGCCUUAUGUUGGAUUCAUUUGUGGUCUUACGUUCUUGAAAACACAGGGAAAGUUCAAUUCUGUGUUCAAGUGUUGAAGUACUGUCAAUGAAAUAAAAUGUUCUACGAUUUUCUUA